GAAGGAUCCGAUCCGGUUGCCUGUAGUAAAAUUGCAAACAGGAAGAACGGGAAAAUCACACGCCCGUCGGCGAGAUUUUCACCUCUACAGUCCGUUAGUAGGUGGGGAGAAAGUUUUUCUUCGUACCGUGCUGAAUAUGGAGACCGACUCCAGAAAGCUUCCAUUUAUCCUUACAAUUAUUGCUGUUUUGGCCCUCUUGUACAGUGAUGCCGUGAGAGCAUGGACUGGUGAAAUCCAUGGCAGAGUGGUGUGUGAUGUAUGUGGGGAUUCUUCUGUCGGCCCUGAAGACCAUGUUUUAGCAGGUGCUGAGGUAGCUGUUCUUUGCAUAACAAAGUCUGGUGAAGUUCUGAAUUACCAGGCGUUCACAAAUUCUAAUGGCGUAUACACAGUGGCAGAGACAAUGCCGGAGGCUGAUCGCUGGGAUGCUUGCCUAGCAAGGCCUAUCAGCAGCUUCCAUGAGCACUGCACACAAUCAGGAGAUGGCAAUGCUGGUUUCAAGUUCAGCUACAAUCAUCCAUCUGGCUAUUCCCACACUGUCAGACCAUUUGUGUAUCGGCCUACCAAUCUACCAACAUAUUGCAUCUAGUGAAAAUGUUAGGCACAUUCCACAUAUACAACGGAAGGCACAUUUUACAUUUACAACAGAAGGUUUCUUCUGCAAUUACAACUGUAUAUUAGCGUGUGUAUGUGUGCUUUGAAUAACGCAUGCGGUAUUUUGGCCGUAAGUUAUCCACUCUCAGUUUCUACACUGCUGUGGUUGGUGUUUGUAAGUAAAGCUGCUUUUAAUGUGAUGCUAAGAUGAGUCGUAGCCUCUAAGACUCUCUCUCUC